AUGGGCAGCUAUAUUACCGUGAUGGUCGAUCUCGUUCGUCCUGUUUCCGAUCCGGGCGAAGUCACGCUCAAUAGCGCCGAUGCUCUGCAGCAAGCCAACAUCAAUUUGAAUUAUUUCAAUAAUGACCUCGAUAUCAUCGCUAUCCAAGAGGGUAUCAGAUACAGCUAUGAUGUCUUGAAGCAUGGCGACGGCUUUAAGGAUAUUAUUCUGGAUGAAUAUCCAUGGGAGAUGCCGUUGGAUGACGAUGAGUUGAUGAAGAGAACUGUGUUGGAUCGGUCACAGACUUCAUUCCACCCCUGUGGUACCGCCCGUCUUUCGAAGACUAUCGACCAAGGAGUUGUGGAUCCUGCACUCAAGGUUCAUGGAAUCCAGAACCUACGUGUGGCAGAUGCGUCGGUGAUUCCCGUCAUUUCAGACUGUCGCACUCAGAACUCCGUCUACAUGUGCGCCGAGAAAGGUGCUGACGCGAUCAAGCUGGACCACAGAGACAUCUACGCUCAUUAG